AUGUUGCAGGAGGAAUGUAUUGUCGACCAAUGCCCAGAGUGCGACGAGGGCCAUCUUGAUCUAUUCCAGAAUGCGUUCGCGGAGCUGGGAGAUAUUUCUGCGGGCAUUAUCUCAACCUCUUACACCUUCGUACCGUGCGGUAUCACCUCGCCACUCGUUCUCCACAACAAGAGUGGUACAUCCGCGUACUGGUUUAGCAUGCAGGUUGUCAAUGCCAACGAGCCAGUCGAGAAGUUGGAGGUCAGCACAGAUGGUGGUGCCACAUGGCAAGGCACAACUCGCGCCGAGUACAAUUUCUUCGAGAACUCAAGCGGCUUCGGUACCACAAGUGUGAACGUUCGUGUCACUAGCACUGGCGGCAAGGUUAUCACCGUUAACGAUGUGACCGUUGCAUCUGAUUCACAGGUCACGGCAGGCUCUAACUUUUAG